AUGACGUCGCUGCAAGACGUGGACCCGACCUCGACCCAAGCAUCGUCGUCCCAAGACGAGGGCAAGGACAAGGAAGAUGUCGCACCGCAGGAGAAAUACACGCAGUCGCUCCGGACCAACAUCAAGUCAGUCAAGAGGCUCCGAAUCGACUUCGCCGUCAUCGAGCCGCGACCGAGUCCAUUCGGAUCGAUCAAGAGAGCGCGGUGCUGACGUUGGUGUUGACGGACAUGGUUUGACGUGUACUUCAGAUUUGCACCUCUAGCUGUACCACGCCAUCGACGACUGCAGGUCAGUCUGAGGCCCGCUGUGGCACCCGCUGGCUGCUCCGUCUCCGUCUCCGACUCGGAUCGCCCCCUCUCCCGAGCGUGUUGCCCACCGACACCAGAGGGUGUUCGCGGCGCGCCGGACUCGCCCGUGGCGUUCACGCACGCACGCAGGCCGAGGCAGAGCACACGCGAGGCGAAGAAGGGAGCCAUCCCCGGUCGAGGAUACGUCAUCUAACACCACCGAUUCACGCGGGUGGUGUACCCUGAUCCCCCAGACCAUGGCAGUGUUGGGAUGGACGACCGCACUGCCACUCAUGCUUGGUUUAUUCUUUCUGUUGUGGUAAGUGCUAUACCCCAAAUUCUCCUCCGAAGGCGCGCCGGUUCCGGUCCCGGUUCCCCGCCCCCGCCCCCGCCCCCGCUCGUGACCGCGAAUCCCCACUUGUGCUGAUUCUUCUCACCUCGCCUGGAUUCCUUGCUGUAUCGACGUUCUCAUUCUGAUCUGUACAGCUCAAUCCCCCUUCUGUGGCCCAUCAUCGUACCCUAUCUCUUCUGGAUCCACCUCAUCGACAACUCGCCGACGCAGGGAGGACGAGCGAGCAAAUGGCUUCGCCAAAGUCGGUUCUGGGUGUGGUUCGCAGGGUACUAUCCUAUCAGGUCUGUCGAUCGUCGGAGUUUCGUGCAGUAUCUUGACGCGCUGUACUUACUAUCAUCUCUUCUUCCUCGACCGCCAGUCUCGUCAAGGUGUGUUUCCCGUCCAUGGAGCCGAGCUGCGGCGGACCCGAGCUUGAUAAGAGCCCUUCGUAAACAAUCAAGUGACAACAACUGAUCUUUGAUGGAGGAUGUAAACAGACGGUUGAUUUGCCUCCAGAACGGAAAUACGUCUUUGGUAAGCUGGCAGACAAUCACUCAAAGUAGAGUAAAAGCUCCCCCGACUGAAGAAGUUUCAUUCGGCGAUGUCUUGCACCCCAGGUUACCACCCCCAUGGCAUAAUUGGAAUGGGUGCAAGUGAGUGAUGAGCGCAGAUCUAGGCAUGUCUCCAUCCUUGUAGCAGGCUCUCACAUAUGCUCUUCGGUCUCCUUGUUCUGCAGUUGCCAAUUUUGGGACCGACGGUCAGCUUGCACGUCUCGAAACUUACGAGCGCAGGCACUUACUGAUCAAACUCGAACCCUGCUGCUCAUUAACAGCCACUGGGUUCUCUAAGCUCUUCCCAGGACUCAACCCUCAUCUCCUCACACUUGCCAGCAACUUCAAAUUGCCGAUAUAUCGAGACUUCUUGCUUGCGCUCGGCAUCUGCUCAGUCAGUAUGAAAUCUUGCCAAAACAUCCUCAAACAGGGUGAGUCAGAGAUCUGCAUCGGUCUGCAGCAUCACCCAGAUGAAGAGGUUUACAAUUGUCUCACACUGCUUUGAGUCAGGCCCGGGGUCUGCUUUGACCAUUGUCGUCGGAGGAGCCGCGGAAUCCCUUUCGGCGCAUCCUGGCACAGCCAACUUGACACUCCGUCGCCGAAUGGGCUUCAUCAAGCUGGCGAUGCGUCAAGGCGCGGAUCUUGUCCCCGUCUUUUCAUUCGGAGAGAACGAUGUGGGUUUAUGCUGAUGUCCGUUUGCAUCAUCUGCGACAGCUGACUCCGUUCAAAACUUCACUCGACACAGAUCUUCGAACAGAUGCCGAACGAGAGAGGGACGAAGCUGUACAAGAUGCAAAAGAAGUUUCAGGCCGCUUUUGGAUUCACUCUACGUCAGUUGACUUGCCCAAACGCUCACAUCGAACAGAGCCCGACUGACAUUUGACCUUCCCCGCAGCGAUCUUCCACGGCCGAGGAAUCUUCAACUGUGAGUGGCAAAACGUUGUCUGAGCAAAUCUCGGUCAGGAAAUUGAUCAAAAUUUCGCUUAUCCACAGAUAACCUUGGCAUCUUGCCGUACCGUCAUCCGAUCGUGUCGGUCGUCGGUCGGCCCAUCCGCGUUUCACAGCGUGACAACCCUACUAAGGAGGAACUCGGGGAGGUGCAGGAACGAUACAUCGAGGAGUUGAAGAGAAUCUGGGACGAGUGAGUGCUGUUGCUGUUCGUUCCUACGAGACUGAGAUCGAGUACUCAUUCUGUCCUACGCAGUUACAAAAAUCAACAUGCCAUCAAGCGAAAGGGCGAACUUCGUAUUAUUGCCUGA